CUCCUCACCCGCCGCGACCAUGCUGCGCUGGCUGCGGGGCUUCGUGCUGCCCACCGCGGCCUGCCAAGGCGCAGAGCCGCCGACGCGCUACGAGACCCUGUUCCAGGCGCUGGACCGCAACGGGGACGGCGUGGUGGACAUUCGCGAGCUGCAAGAGGGGCUCCAGAGCUUAGGCAUCCCCCUGGGCCGGGACGCCGAGGAGAAAAUUUUUACUACUGGAGAUAUCAACAAAGAUGGGAAGCUGGAUUUUGAAGAAUUUAUGAAGUACCUUAAAGACCAUGAGAAAAAGAUGAAAUUGGCAUUUAAGAGUUUGGACAAAAACAAUGAUGGAAAAAUUGAAGCUUCAGAAAUUGUCCAGUCUCUCCAGACACUAGGUCUGACCAUUUCUGAGCAACAAGCAGAGUUGAUUCUUCAAAGCAUUGAUGCUGAUGGGACAAUGACGGUGGACUGGAAUGAAUGGAGAGACUACUUCUUAUUCAAUCCUGUCACAGACAUUGAGGAGAUCAUCCGCUUCUGGAAACACUCUACUGGAAUCGACAUAGGGGAUAGUUUAACUAUUCCGGAUGAAUUCACGGAAGAGGAGAGAAAGUCCGGGCAGUGGUGGAGGCAGCUUCUGGCCGGAGGGAUUGCCGGGGCUGUGUCGCGAACCAGCACUGCCCCCCUGGAUCGCCUGAAAGUCAUGAUGCAGGUGCAUGGCUCAAAAUCAAUGAACAUAUUUGGCGGCUUUCGACAGAUGAUAAAGGAAGGAGGUGUCCGCUCCCUGUGGAGAGGAAAUGGGACAAAUGUCCUUAAGAUUGCUCCUGAGACAGCGGUGAAGUUCUGGGCCUAUGAGCAGUACAAGAAGUUGCUCACUGAGGAAGGACAAAAAAUAGGAACCUUUGAGAGAUUUAUUUCGGGUUCGAUGGCUGGAGCCACUGCACAGACGUUCAUUUAUCCCAUGGAGGUUCUGAAAACCAGGCUGGCUGUAGGCAAAACUGGACAAUACUCUGGAAUAUAUGACUGUGCCAAGAAGAUUUUGAAACAUGAAGGCUUUGGAGCUUUUUACAAAGGUUAUGUUCCCAAUUUAUUAGGCAUCAUACCUUAUGCAGGCAUAGACCUUGCUGUGUAUGAGCUCUUGAAGUCCCACUGGCUAGAUAAUUUUGCAAAAGACUCUGCCAACCCUGGAGUCCUGGUGUUGCUGGGGUGUGGUGCCUUAUCCAGCACCUGUGGCCAGUUGGCCAGCUACCCCUUGGCUUUGGUGAGAACACGCAUGCAGGCUCAAGCCAUGCUGGAAGGAGCCCCACAGCUGAACAUGGUGGGCCUCUUUAGAAGAAUAAUUUCCAAAGAAGGACUCCCAGGACUUUACAGAGGCAUCACCCCAAACUUCAUGAAGGUGCUCCCUGCUGUAGGCAUCAGCUACGUGGUCUAUGAAAAUAUGAAGCAAACCUUAGGAGUAACCCAGAAGUGAUAGGUUGAGGCUUGUGCUGCAGCAUAAUUAUUGAAAUCUUCAACCAUCUCUGGAGAGAAUGUUUCUCCUAAAAUUGCAACAAGUCUGUGGCAAAAAAAACCCAAACCAAAACAAAAAGCUCUACUUUUUUUUUUUUUUCCACCAGAGGGAAGAACAUAUCAACGAUCACUUCAAACAUUUGAGCUCAAUUUUCUAUACACAGAAAUAUUCAAGGUCAUAGUUUUAAUAAGUUUUGGAAAGCCACAAAAUUGUACUGUAUCUUCUAGUAUUACUCCUUUUGCAAAUCUCUAACUUUAGUCCUCAAUCUCAAAAUGUAUUUGCUGGAACUAAAUUUGUUUUUUGUGGUAGAAUUAUAAAUCAUUAAUCUUUAUCUUGAUUGAUUUAGAUAUAUGCCAGUUCUUUUAUAUUUGUAUGUCUUUUUAUUUUUUUAUUUUAUUUUUUUGGACAGGCAGAGUGGACAGUGAGAGAGAGAGACAGAGAGAAAGGUCUUCCUUUUUGCCAUUGGUUCACCCUCCAAUGGCCGCCGCGGUAGGCGCGCUGUGACUGGCGCACCGCGCUGAUCCGAUGGCAGGAGCCAGGUGCUUCUCCUGGUCUCCCAUGGGGUGCAGGGCCCAAGGACUUGGGCCAUCCUCCACUGCACUCCCUGGCCACAGCAGAGAGCUGGCCUGGAAGAGGGGCAACCGGGACAGGAUCGGUGCCCCGACCGGGACUAGAACCCAGUGUGCCGGCACCGCAAGGCGGAGGAUUAGCCUGUUGAGCCGCAGCGCCGGCUUUGUAUGUCUUUUUAAAAGCAAAAUGAUCAGAAACCUUGAUAUAGAUAGAUAUAUUUUGAAUUUAUCUAUAGACGUCUUAGCAUUUCCAUUUAAAAUCAUAAACAGAAAAUCACUGCACUUAAAAUAUGCCUUAAAUUAGUCCAAUAAGAAUAGAGUUUAUAUCUUCACCUUUAAGUGGAACAGGAAUGCACAUAGGUAGUGGAAUUUAUAAGAAGGAGUGAUAAACUAUUUAUUUCGGUAGGCACCUUUCCAUUUUGCUUGCACUGUUAUUUGAUUCCUUAUAUUAUAUACUGAUUGUCACAUGUCACCAUUAUCAACCAAGACAGUGGCAAAUAAACAAAAACCAAAAGCCAAACCCUUAUACUUUGUUUCCCACUUUUCAAAUCAGAAAAGUUUUCCUUAGUCAGGAAGACUUCCUGGGACCACUCUUAGUGAUGUGAAAUUUCUCUGCAACUCACAUGAAGUAGAUUAAUCAAAAGUGAAUGACAUGCUCAAUUUAUCCUCACUGCAGAAUUUUUUUGAACCUGCCAUUCUUAAUUUUGAAGCACAAAGCUAAAGAAUGGUAUUAAUUAAUACUAUUAAUAUAAUUAAUGAAGCAAAAAUAUAUUAAUAGUAGUAUGUGUUAAUCUUAUAUAUUAGAUACCUACUUUAAAUGAAAGACCCAAUUUUUAAACAUAUACAUUCAUAUUCUCUCUUGCCCCAAGUUUGAGGAAUGUGGUAUGAUUUGGAAACUUUAGUUUAUAAUAUUGAUAGCAUUUUUUAAAUUUUACCAAAGCCAAUUUUGUAUUCAAGUAUCUUUUCUGAUUUGUGCAAUUAGAACCUAGAAAAAAUUUAUUAGUUGAAGGUAUUAUAUGGUUCCUAAAGCUCAUUUGAGUUCAAUUUCUUAUAAUUUUUUUAAGCUGCCAACAUUUAAAUGAAAACCUUGUGAUGUAGUAGGCAUUUACUUUGUUUGAACCUACCUCUUUUAUUUUCUGAACCAAAGGGAAAAGAUGGACUGUGAUUGUGAAACAUAAAAUAUAAUUUCAUCUAUAUUAGUUAUGCCUGGUAAAUAUCUCAGUAUUUUUAUAGUAUGUAUAAUAAGAACGGGCACUAUCUUUAGAGUUAUUUGUACAUUUGAGUAAGACAUAAAAUGACUAUUAAGGUACAUGAUUUGCUCUAUUUUUUACUCAUAAAAAUUAUGGGAAUGAAUAAUUUUGCUAACAUUUUUGUAAUUCCAAACUGGUAAAGCAUAUGAAAACAUUCACUUUCAUUAUGAAUCUAAAUUGUUCUCUGACUUUUUCAGGUAUGAAUGUGAUUUAUCUGUGCAUCUUGUAUCUUUUGAAAAAAGAGAUCUUUCAUCUUUUGGAGAAAAGCCCAGGGUUUAAGAUACUUUAUUUCUGGUGUUACUGCAUAUUUUAUUUCCAUUUACAUUAAAAAAGAAAGUUUGUUUAUAAA